AUGGACCCCAAUCAACGCCCGGCUCGAAGGCAACGGACAGCUGCCCUUAAAUUAACAGCACCAUCUCCCCUGAAGAAACAAUCCGACUAUCACCUCGUCGCCCCUCUGAAGGCUGCUGCCACAAAAUCGCUAGUCCCGUCGGCACUUGCCGGCCCAUCUAAAAGGUCGCAACAUACAGGUGCGCCAAAGACACCCAAGCAAACAAGCAAAGAACGGAACAAGAAGUUCCUUUGCGCUACCCCGCCCACAGUGCUCCAGGAUACUAGAGGGAAGACCGAGUAUGGUCGAGGGCGCCAACUCGGCGAAGGGGGUUUCGCAAGAUGUUUUUUGGUACAGAACAAAGAGGGCGGGUUGUUCGCUGCAAAGACUGUAGCUAAGAAGAGUUUGCAGAGCCAGAAGAAAAGAGCAAAGUUCUUUGGGGAGAUUCAAGUCCAUAAAACUAUGAUCCAUCCUAACAUCGUUAAGUUUAUAGAGUGCUUCGAGGACCCGGAUAAUAUCUACAUGAUUCUGGAACUCUGCCCUAACAAAUCCCUGAUGGACAUGUUACGCGCUCGGAAAAGGUUUACAGAACCCGAGACACGUUUCUUCGUUUUACAGCUUCUAGGAGCUUUGAAAUACAUGCAUGGAAAAAGAGUCAUCCAUCGUGACCUGAAACUUGGAAAUAUUUUCCUAGAUGAGAACAUGAACGUUAAGCUUGGAGAUUUUGGUUUAGCAGCCCUCUUGGUUGAUGAAAACGAUCGCAAAAAAACAAUCUGCGGAACGCCAAACUAUAUUGCCCCGGAAGUUUUGUUUGGGGGUGGAAAAGAAGGUCAAGGGCAUAGUUUUGAGGUAGACCUUUGGGGCGUUGGAGUUAUUAUGUAUGCCAUGCUCGUUGGGAGAACCCCAUUUCAAGCCAAUGAUGUGGAUUCUAUCUAUAGAAAAAUCCGGCAUAAUACCUUCACAUGGCCAGAAGAUGUACCCGUGAGCUCCGCAGCGAAAUCACUUGUAAACUCCAUUUUGGAACACGACCCAGAGGCUCGUCCUUCCCUAGACGAUGUUGCAAAUCACCGAUUCUUCAAAUCUGGUUUCUUCCCCAGGUCUAUUCCGUCGAGUGCAACCAAGCAGGAGCCUAUAUGGCGAGGAACAACCGGGCAAGGCGUAGGAACUCUAACUACGAAUCGAGAGGACUGGAUCAGAAACUACGAGGAGGUUGCUAGGAUCUGUGGAAUUGGGAAAAUAUCUGAGGGGCGGUAUAGUCCUGUGGGUGACCAUCCUGGAGAAGUUGUGGAUCUUUUGACACUUCCCACCUCUAGACCGGCAUCCGCCGCUUCGAAUCAAAACAACAAAGCCCCAGAGAAAGUGGAAGCUGUGGAAGAAGAUGUCGAAGAAAAAAAAAAGUCAGUAAAGGAGAAGGCAUAUCUCCUCCCCGAGACAUUGAGUCCCAGAGACGGCCAUGCUCGAAUGAGAGGUGUGGGUGUUUUAAAGAAAAUUCCAAGCAUUCUAGGGCCUUCGAGAGGCGGGCUCUUGGGAUCGGGGUCUAUUGCGGCGCAAAAACCAAUGGACGACGUCGAGGAAGAGGAUGAGGAGGAGGUGGAGGAGGAAGAAGAGGUGAGUGAGGACGAAGAGCCCGCACGUCCUCCGCCCAGGCAAUUGCGACAGCAACCAAUACGUAGAAGUGCGGCUAUUGCUGCCGCUGCGGCUGCCACCGCAACUACUACGACUACUUCAACGAUAAAUGCACCAACGCCCACGCUCGCGCCAGCACCAGCCAGGAGUGUAUUUCCAGCAAGAAGAGGAUUGGUGAGAUCCCAUGCCGCGGAGAUGCGUGCUGCUUGCGCAGGUCUAGAGGCAGAUAAACCUGUACCACCACCACCACCACCGACCAUGGCUGCUCUUCCCAGAAAACAAACGACUCUAGAAGCGCGGCCUGAACGUCUAGUGUCAUCCGCAGAAUUUCGAGAGAAGACUCCAAAAGAAGACGUAAAGGAGCCGGCUUCGGAGAGCACUGGUCCGGUAAUACCCUUUACGCCAGUUCUCAACUCCAAGAUUGGCAAUUCCAUCCCUUCGACUACAACGUCCGCAAUAAUUGCAUCGCUGCAACCUUAUAUUCAAAAUUUUAGCGCCUUCACGGCCGGGAAGCUGCAUCUUCUCCCCCCCCAACCUCCGGCCACUAUUGAGGCUGUCAGAUCAUUUAAAAGGGGCGAAAAGAACACCAGUUUAUUUAUCACCAAGUGGGUGGACUACACAAACAAGUAUGGAGUUGCUUAUAUUCUUACUGAUGGUACCUGUGUCGCCAUGUACAACGACAACACAUCGUUAGUUGUAGACAGUGUCGGUGGGCAAAGGGUGGAGUUUAUCACCCAGUCAAUUGUCGACGUUCCUACGAGUCGAAGAAAUAAUAAACAAGAAGUGACUUACAGGAGAUUAUCAACUACGAUGACAAUAAUGAACCAGAAAAAGAAAUCGAGCAGAGGUUUGGCGAGCAAAGUUACAAUGUGGAAAAGGUUUGGAAAUUAUAUGAAAACCAAUCUUGGGUCGGAAGCAGAAUGGUCUUUCACAAGGGAACGGGAUCACAGCGAGCAAAGCGCACAGGAUCCCGAAGGAGGUAUGGUAUUUGUUACACACUAUGCCAGAUUAAGACGAUGUGCUAUGUUCCGUUUCUCGGAUGGUGGCUUUCAGCUUAACUUUAUCGACCACUCAAAAUUGAUGGUCUCAUCUGGGGGGAGAACGCUCAGAAUGAUCACCAAACAUCAUCAAUUUAUCGUCAUGUCCCUCGAAGAAGCACACAGAGAGGUGUUCAUCGUCAGAAAUAGAGUACUCUUGGAGUUUGGAUUACGGGAGAAGUUGGAGUAUCUCAGCGAAAUAUUCACCAGCUGGACAAACACAGGGAAAUUCCCUAGAAAUUAUGAUGUUAUCGAGGGAAAACCUUUAAUUGUACUGGGAGAGGCGUAA